AAAAAAAAAAAUGAAAAACCCCCAAAAAGAGCAGAAAAAAUAAAGUCAGCACUGCAUCCUCUCCAAUCCAGUGGUGUGUUGUCACUAUGAGACCAGCAGCUAAAAUUUAAUCUUUCCAGACAGUCUGUUACAGAACUUGGCUGUUAGCAUAGCAUAUUUCAGUCUGACUAUUAAGAAAUAAGUGUUCCUACCAGUAGGCUUUAAAUUCACUUCUUUGUACACAGUUCAACCUCUUCCUCUCUGGAAUCCUAUUAUGCUUUUCCAAUAAGGUGUUAAGACAACAACUCCGGCUUACUAUUUAUGGAGCCAGUGACUUAAAAUGUACUGUGAAGUAAGUGGCUAUUCCUUUAAUCUGUGACCUUAAAAUUCAACAGAGUUGAUGUUUUGUUAUUCUUAUGUACUGAGCUGCCCAUCAGUCACUGAUCCAGUCUGGUUGGUGCUGUAUCCCAUGCUCCUGUUGCUGCUGAGUAUUGUGGCAACACAGCUCAGUGAAUUCACCUGUAUUAAAUUUUCUGUCACCCAGUGUCUUCCCCCAUCAACUUCCACAGUGUGGGGUUAUGAAGACUAUCUUUUGUUACAAGAAAUAUAAUUUCUUGUUAAAAGCAAUAUAGAUUAAGCUGAGAAUGAUUAGCAGGAAUUGUGGGGACAGGGAAAGAGAGCAGAAGACUAAUGACGACAGACAGAAUGGAACUCUUGCAGGCAGAGAGAACUUAACAGUGGCCAAAAAUAAAAAAAAACCUCAAAUUCCUGUGCAAACUUGCCUCACAUCAGACAUCACAGAGUAGCCUGAGAUAAGGCUCAAUAUUGCCGCCUUGUACCCCAUUAAAAAUGGAAAAAGGGAAAGCACCAAAGUGAUAAUCAGUAGAAAACAUCAGGAAGCAGACCUGUUCCAUUCAGGAUGGAGUCAUGACCUCUGUAAAUGCAAAGCUAUCAAACAGAACUUUAGAUUACUUAGAAACACAUCAUUAGUCCUUGUUGCACUGGGACUUAGGUUAUUGUGGAAAAGUCAUUAGUUUCUUUUCAGAUUCUCUGGAGAGUUUCCAAAACCUAGCCCUUGCAUUUCCUCAGGUUGUUCGUAUGUACUUUCAUAUUUCAGCCCUUGUUAGCUGGCACAGUAUGUGCUGUUCUAGGCUUAAAUUUGUAAUUACAGUAGCCUACUAAGGCAAAGCAGUCAGGUACUCAGCUGUCAUAGCUUCUACUUCUAAGUGGAGUUACAAAAUACUACAAUCCACACCAGCCCUUCACUGAGGGUAUAAAGUCUUUGGAAGACAUUGUAAUUCAGGGAGCCUGUGUACACAGCCUGCUCAUACUGCAACAAUCUAAUAGCUCUACUGUGUGUGAAACCAUUACAAUUUCACUUCAAACAUUGCAUUAAAAAUACCCUGACCUUUAAAGGGUGUUCAGUGGUGGUAUUUAGUAGUCUUUCAAUAAAGCCUAAAGUUAGUUCUUUACAUCCCAGAAGCUUGCUGGCUAACUCUUGAAAUGACCUUCAGAGGUAUCCAUUGUGUAUUUUCUUUCCUGAGUAUGGAGACGGGAACCACAGGUCUUUUAGUGUUUUGUUGAUUCAGUCAUGCUACGGUCAGUGGUUUCAUUAUCUUACUUCUUUGCAGGGCCAGUGUGCAAGCCACCUGUUUUAUCCUUAGAAACAGUAAGCACACAGAAAGCAAAAGUUAACUUCACUUAAAAAUGACACAAAAUUCAACUUUUCUUUGGUGUGCUAUUUACCUUGAGCUCUUCCUAAUUCCUUCCUAGGAGACUGUUGCCUUCUCAUGUUGGACAGCUCUAUCUAUAUUGCAUGAGCCUUCUUCCCAGGAAGCUUGACUUCUAAGGUUGCUGUUACAUGGUUCUUUGGGAGACUGUAAUUUCCAGGCAUCCUACAAGACCCUCAGCUUUUAGUGAAGUUUUUGCUUGAGAAAUACACAUUGGCUCAGCAAAACAAAAACCACUUUUAAGGGUUCUUGGUGGAAAUCGCUCUAUGCCCUAUUACCCGCUUGAGUGAAACCAGACUAAAGAACUUCUGUCAUGGCAGCUUUUCUGCUGGGAGCUGUGUUGCUUAUUGUUCAACCUCAGAUAGUGCCUUCCAGACCAGCUAUAAAUUCAAAUGCUGAGACUUCUUCUCAGUCUGUUCAGAGAGAGCUUUUAAAGAAAACAUCUCAGAAAAAUGACUUCAAGGAAAACAUUCAUUCUAAUGGAUCAUGUCAGCAGCUGCCACAGACUAUUAUUAUUGGAGUGAGAAAAGGUGGAACAAGAGCUUUGUUAGAGAUGUUGAGUCUCCAUCCAGAUAUUGCAGCAGCAGAAAGUGAAGUUCACUUCUUUGACUGGGAAGAUCAUUACAGGAAUGGAUUGCAGUGGUAUAUUAAUCAAAUGCCAUUCUCGUAUCCCCAUCAGAUCACCGUGGAAAAAACUCCAGCGUAUUUCACAUCACCUAAAGUGCCUGAAAGAGUUUAUAACAUGAACCAAUCAAUGAGACUACUCCUUAUUUUAAGAGACCCAAGCGAGAGAGUACUAUCAGAUUACACCCAAGUGUUCUACAACCACAUGCAGAAGCACAAGCCGUACCCAUCCAUUGAACAAUUCCUGAUAAAAAAUGGUGAACUCAAUGUGGACUACAAGGCAAUAAACAGAAGCUUGUACUACAUUCACAUGCAGAACUGGUUGAAGUAUUUUCCUCUUGAUCAUAUCCACAUUGUAGAUGGAGACAAAUUAAUCAAAGAUCCCUUUCCAGAAAUAGAAAAGGUAGAGAGAUUUCUGAAGUUAUCACCACAGAUAAAUGCUUCAAACUUUUAUUUCAAUAAAACUAAGGGAUUCUACUGCCUGAGGGACAGUGGUAGAGAGCGCUGUUUACACGAGUCCAAAGGACGAGCGCACCCACACGUAGAUUCCCGGUUACUCGAGAAACUGCAGGAAUAUUUCCAUGAACCCAACAAGAAGUUUUUUGAGCUUGUGGGCAGAACAUUUGACUGGCACACAUUUGUGGCAAGUUAGUGGUAAGCUUCAGAACCUAUGUUCCAGUGUACAGUUAGAAGAUUUAAAAAGGGCAUUUAAGCUAUUAUUUAUUUGUAAAAUCCAUAAAUACUUCUGUACAGUAUUAGAUUCACAAUUGCCAUAUAUACUAGUUAUAUUUUUCUACUUGUUAAAUUUGAAAGCAUUUUGUAUUGUUUUUCAUGGUUGUUAACAUUGUGUAUGAUGUGUCUAUAUGAAGAAACUAAAUUAUUUCAUUGCAGAAGGUGCUCUCUUGAGAAUGUGUUGUCUUUUUAAUAAAUAAGAAAUUCAUUUCAACAGAACAUUUCUGAAUUAUUUGAAUACUUUGGCCUUCCUGGACUAUUUCCUCUAAUUGCUAAUGAAUAUGCUAAACUUUACCUUUCAAUUUUUCUUAGUUUAAAGUGUGGAUUAACAAUUUCUUUUCCAUUUGAAAAUAUUAUUGUACUUAAUAAAUUGUUCAAUCCUGCUUUAUGAAAUUAUUUCCUGUCAAAGGGGUGGUACUUACACAUGUUGGGAAAUGCACACCCAAAGGACAAUGGAAGUCUCUAUGUAAUUUGAUAUAUUAACUAAUUUGAUAUAUUAACUUCUAUAGUUAACCUUCAUAUUCACUGUUAAAACAAGUGCUCCUCAAUUCUUUGGCAGUACAGUGCAGGUUUCAUGGCAGAUUUUUAAGGAUUCUGUGGGGACCAGCUCAUAAAAUACAGUUAGCUGGAGAAAUAUGGUCAACCUGAAAACUUCUUACAGUCUCUGAAUGUAUGCACUCUUCAUAAAGAGGUACAGUUGAGAGAAUUUAAGCAAUAUAGAGACUUUUUCAAGGCUGCUUUUGACUGUUCCUACAUUUCAUAGUACAUUUAUGCUUUACAAUCACUGAAAAUAAACACACCAGAAAAAUUAGGUGGUCUACAUUCAUGAACUUCAUUCAUACAAAUAUUACCACAUUUGCACCCUACUUAAGGCUGUUUUCUAUGAGUUUUCAGUUGCUUCAUGCAACUGAAAAUUGCCUAUGGACUUCUCUUUGUUUAAUCUCCUUCCAAGAACCAUGAUGCCAGGUCUUGAUUAGAUGCGUGUUGUGGGAUUAACCCACAUUCCAGGAAUUUGCCUUGUUUUCCAUCUGCUAAAAAUGGAAGUGAGAGGUUAGUCCAUUGGUAAAAGCUGCAGUUGUCCUGAUCUACAGUGGUUAUGGUGUCUUGUUAACCAUCAGUUUCUGGAGUUAGAGUUAAUCCAGUUUCCACACAAGGCUUCCUACAGUACUUACAAUCCAAGCUACUGAUUUUUAUUUCAUAAUCUUGAGUUUAGUUAUUGAAUGUGCAAUGGCAACACCCAGUAAAUUUGAACUUGUAGCUGGUUGUUACAAUCCUUUAUAAAAUUUAAAUGUUGAUUCAUUCUUUUUUUUUUCUGGUGAGUUAGUGCAAACUUGGGCACUAUGACAAGGUAUCGUCUGGAUGCAAAUAUCCCAUAUUAUGCCUCUUGCAUGAAAAUUUGCAGAUGCUGUCCCUCUCUCUCCCACUCCUUGUGCACCUGCCCAAGCUGUAUUCAACCUCAGAGAGGUUGGUGGUGUUUUAUAAAGCCUACAAUGAAAUGGUAUUGUACUCAAUAAAAUAUUUUCUGAAUUGCA